UCGUGGAUGACCAGCGGGAUUCCAUCACUUAGGGAACUUUGCGUGUUCGUACGGAAAUGAUGGCUUUGCAAUGAAAGUUCUACGUUUAAACGCCACAUUCUGCCUACUGUACACAAGAGGAAAUCUGAAGGUCAAGUUCAUUUGGAAACAUUCGCUGGGGAGAAAUUAUGUUGAAUCCUAGUCCAUUGUACGCAGGAAAGUUCAUUGACAGGAGUCCUGGUAUUCCGACGGCAGGAAAAUUAAUACCAACUAGUGAAAGUGUGGAAAUAUGCAUGAAAGAACCCAUAUCUAGGCCUCACACUCCACCUGUGAUAAGAAAAUUUUUGAACACAAGACGUCCAGAUGCCGGUGCCAUUAGAGUGUUUUAUGGAAAAGCUAAUGAUUCAACUGAAGCUCACAACAUUAUACAUGGUAUCAGUUCUAGAUCAUCUCUAAGUGCAAAAUUGUUAGUUAAUCCAUCACCAAGAACAUUAUUUCAGCAAAGAUGGCUUGAACAGAGGGAAGCUAGAUACCUCAGCCACCAAAAAACACCUCUUGGAAGAUCAUAUGAUCAAAGGCCUGGGCUUCCAGAUGGAUUAGAUGUAUCUAAAAUGACUUUUGGAAUUAAAACACAAAGAGACUAUGGUGGGAAUAUCAUUAACCCACCAAAAAACAGAGAACAGGUUGAUAAAGAGCAUGAAGCAGGGCACCAUCUGUAUACAAGAUCCCACAGUGCUUACUAUGUUGGUGAGCAGAUGAAUAGAAAUUAUGACUGGACAAAGUACACCAAAGACAGCAAAUUUGGAAAAGCAACUCCUCAUUAUAAUGAUGGAAGACAUGUAGCAAAAUCCCUGCAGUGGUUAAAUGACUUGCAAAUGAAAAAAGCUGCAAAAAUAGUCCUGAAACGUAAUGAAGAUUUCAGGGAGAGAACUCAGCAUGAACUUGGGAAAGGACUAGAUCCUAUUGCGGAUACCAUGAAUGUCUCUCCUGACCACACAUUUGGAAUUUUGCUGCGUCCUGAUGAAUAUGGAGUUGGUGAUCUCUUGCACUAUACACCUGCCCUCCAAUUUCUGCGGGGGAAAGACAGACAACGUGCAGUCUUAGCUGCUAUAAGGCAACAUCUAAAAAAAGUGAAUUUCCACAAUUUCAGUACGUUACUGGAUGCAUUUCGACACUAUGACAAGAAAGGCAAUGGGACCAUUAACCAAGAGGACCUGAAAGUUGUGUGCAGACAGUUUAAUCUGGACUUAAACCCAGAGCUUCUGAAUGCUUUAAUUGAGUGCUGUGAUGUUGAUAAAGAUGGACAAAUCAACUUUUUGGAGUUUGCUAACUUUUUGAAUUGGAAAGACAAAAUGCCUCUCUCUAUUUUGGAGGAAAACAUACUCACAAGGGGAAAGAAGAGAAUGGUGGAGGAAGGUGUGACCAAUGAAGGCCUUGUUACACCUGAUGAUUUACAAUGUGAGGGCUAUGUUGUUGGAAAGGCUCUGAAAACCCUUACACGACCUAACUCUGUUCCACACAAUUUUUGUACCUCAUCUUCAAUGAUUAAUGCAGUGGUUGGAGGCCCCUCAGCUGCAGGCUACCGAACAUGUGGAAUUCCUUCAGUUCGAACUGACUUGGCAGCACCGUGCAUUAAGAGAGUCAGUGACCGCACCAAUUAUGGGGAUGAAUCUGAUGUCAGAGGUUUGGUUAACCCUUCACUGUACACCUUAAAAGGAGUAACUGAAAAACACCUCUUCAUGUCAAGAUCUAAGUCUGAGAUUGCUACUAUAUUUCAUAAUACUGGCAUGGAUAUUCCUGAAGAUACUUUUCAGCAAGUCUGGAAUUUAGCUUCUAAGCAACAUCGCAAAGGACUUGUCUGUAUAGAGACAUUUAAUAAUGCUCUGAAUGAAAUUCAGAAAUGUAAGAUUCGUUAUAUGCAGUGAACUUCAAAUUUCUUUUAAGAGGUGCCGUUUACAUUAAAAUUUAUGUUUAAGUUUUACAUUAUUAACUUUUAGUCAUUUUAACCUAGAUGGUAUUAUAUUAUGCAUUAUUUGUGUCAAUUAAAAAA